AAGCUCCAUUCAAAUAUAAUCAACCACUCAAAAGGUUUUUUUCACUGCGAUUAUAUUUGAAAUCAGUAAAAAAAAACAAUUAUAAGUAGGUAUGGUGCAUAUACGAACGAUUUUAUUUGAGUAAAAUUGUGAAAUUAGAAUUGUAUUAGUGUAUUUAGUGCUAUAAGUAGAGUAGAUUUGCAAUAGUUUUGAGGAAUUUUUGCAAUAUGGGAGUUAAAUAUUUGUUAUUAUUAGUUGGAAUAUUUCAACCAAUAUUUUCACAGAAUGAUGUAAAUAUUCUAAAUAGAGAUUUCUUCUAUCAAAACAAAAGAGAUUCAUCUAGCUCUUUGAGAAUUGUUGGCGGACAAGAUGCUACUCCUCAUCAAUUCCCUUUUGAAGUGGGUCUUUACAUAGAUUACCAGCUAAAAAACGCCUUUUGUGGAGGUUCGCUUAUAUCAUCAAACUAUAUUUUAACAGCAGCGCAUUGCUUAGAAGGUGCAAUCUCAUUGGACGUGAUUCUAGGAGCUCAAAACAUUUCUGACGAUUCAGAGUCAAAUAGGCAAAGACAGGUGACGAGCGCUUAUGUAAUCCACCCAGACUGGGACUCUACUACUUACACAAGCGACAUAGGUUUGGUCAAACUAAAUACACCUGCUCAAAUAAACGACUAUGUCCAAACAAUCACACUUGCCAGUGGAUCAGAUAGUUAUGCAGGUCAACAAGGAACGGUGUUAGGCUGGGGAAAAACCUACGACGACCAGACAACCGUCACUGACAUCCUUCAAUACGUUUCAAACCCAAUUUUCAGCAAUGACGAAUGUAAAGCUCAAAAUCCUUCAUACAACGGUAUCAUUACCGACGUUCACUUAUGUCUUUCUGGCGUCGGUAACAAAGGGUUCUGUCAAGGUGACUCCGGAGGCCCUCUGGUGGUCAACGACGUCCAAGUUGGAGUAGUGUCAUUCAGUUACAAGAGCUGUCAAGCGAGUAUGCCUUCUGUCUUUGCUAGAGUCACCAAAUUUACGGAUUGGAUCAAGGAAAACUCGGAUAUCAACUAGGAACCAACUAAAAAUUAUUGUAAAAUAACUAUGUAUAGAAUGAUCAGUCAUCGUUCAACGUCACGUCAUAGAUUGUCGAAUUCUCUCAAUCACUUGCCAGCCAGAUGAAAGAGAUUGGUGACGUCAUUACGGCAUUUCGUAAAUUACUGCAUAUUAUUUUUAGUAAUUCUCAUUGUCAUUUGAUUUGGGGUU